UGCACGGGAUGGCGGUUGCGUCUCCUCGGCAAAGCCGAGGACUGUUAGGCCCCGCCGCUGAAUGCGUCCAGCUGCUGAAAGGUGGCGUCUGUGCAAGUAUGAUCAAUGAUAUAUUCCGCCCUCUAAAAUGCUUUAUUUGCUUGCAAUCAAAUGUGCAACUCUUUUAAGUAUUUAAUCCACACAUGUGUCGUUGCAUAUUGCUGACCCUUUAAAGGCCGGCUGAUCUAACUGCUGUGUUAAGUCCUGUGACAAUUUCGAAGACGGAGCGGAACGUUGUGGUAAUUGCAAAUCAGAAAUGAUUGGGAUUCGUCCAGGGUGCUGUGAUGUGAAGAGAUAACCUGUCACUGCAUCUGACUCAAAACCUGGCAGAAAUUUUGCUGCAUGUACCCACGAAAUGUAACAUGACGUGCUUCACUCAAAUCUGCUUGUGCAGAGCGACUUGGUUUUCUGAGCGUGGAACAUUUCUUUGAGCCGGAUGUUUUCUGAUAUACUCUUAAAAUAUAAGCACGAUUUGACGCAUGGGGAAUGGAAAUACCAAUACCUGAAAAUCUAAUGAGUUUACUGAAACGCUGUCUAUUAUGGCCACGGUAAUGGUGCAAUCAAUUUUCAAUAAAUGCUAACCAAAAAGCUUUUUUUUUUCCUGGAAUAACAGCAAGCUGCCACAGAUGCUAGAAAUCUGAGAUAAAAAAACAGGUGAUUCUGUAGAAGCUCCGUCUGGCAACAUCUGUGGAGAGAGAAAGAGAGUUACGUUUCGAGUUUAGUAAGACUCUUCUUUAGAACUUCUUUUUCCUGGAAUUUGAUUCGACCACAUUCACCGUUUCCAGAUCUGUCAAAAGUAGCUAGCUGUCAGAGGCAACGAAUGUGUAGAGCUGGAUGAACACAGCAGGCCAAGCAGCAUCUUAGGAACAGGAAAGCUGACAUUUCGGGCUGUCAGAGUUGCUGGUUUGAAAUCAUUGGGUUACGCUUGAACAACAGAGGCAUAUUGAUUAAACUAAGUUACUUGAAAGGAGAAACUACAAUACAAGAAUUGCAAUUAUUGGAUACGGAGAGGAAGUAAUCAGGAUGGAAGAUGCUUUCAUGGAGUUCUGUGGCCUUGCCAACAAAAAUGAUAGCCUUAAACCAAACGAAGUGUCUUUCAUCAAAGAAAUCUGUUUCACUGAAAGUGUGAACUUUCUUGUACAUCUGGGCUUUGUACUUUGCUCUCUUGUUGGCCUUGUUGUGAUUAAAUGCAGACGGAGAUCCGUUACAACAUUUCAUAUUGAUAGUGGCUUGAGAGGCUGGAUCCAUUUCCCAUGGCAUAACAUUCGAUGGAUAUUAACAUUCUUCUAUAUUUUCAUAUCAGCCUGUUGUUUAGCAGACGGCAUCUUGUCACAAGUAUACUCAAUGUUUGACAGACCGUUUAUUUAUAUACCAGAUGCAGCACAACUAGCCUCUUGUGUUCUUUCAAUCAUCUACUAUGACGUUGCUGAAAGUGCAAAUGCACCCAUGUUUUUGGUACUCUUUAUCUUUCACUGGCCUGCCGCCUUUAGUAUUAACGUAUUUAAAAUAUAUCAGCUAUAUUCCCAAAAGUUCAUCACCAGUGAUUUGACUUUCCUCCUUGUCUGUACCCUGGUAACAGUCUAUGGAUCCUUUCUCAUUUUGGAACUUGGUGUAUUUUUUAAAAAGGGCUACUUCUGUCCAGGGUAUUCCAGAGACAUACCACCUUUAGAACUGCAAGAUCCAGAAAAAAAGUUUCAUCAACCUUAUGUCAAUGUUUUGUCACAGAUUACCUACACGUGGAUUUCAUGGGUUUUGAAAAGUGGUUACCGGAAGCCAAUUAAGAUGGAAGACCUUGGAAAACUCCCCCAGGAAGAAACUGCACAGAAAAAUUUUGAUUUAUUAAAAAUGUAUUAUGACAAGCAAAAGGCGAAGAAACUUUCAGGAAGAGCAGAAGCUCAAGAUCUAGCCAAGGUUUAUUUCAAGGCAUUUGGCGGUCCGUUCCUGAUAGCAUCAGUUUUGAAGAUUAUUGGUGAUCUAGCUGGAUUAGGAGGGCCACUCUGCAUUGAUGGUAUUCUCCGAUUUGUGUCUGCUGAGUCAAAGGAAUCAGAGAAGGGAAUACAUUUUGUGAGUUUCUGGGAAUUUAUUAGCAAUGGAUAUGUGUUGGCAUUCUUGAUGCUAUGUACAGUUCUCCUUCAGAAUGUUUGCUUACAGAUUUCGUACUACAUUGUUAUCCGGGAUGGAAUACACAUUAAAACAGCUCUUCAAACGAUGAUUUACUUGAAAGCUUUGUCACUGCCUAUGUGGGUCGUCAAUGGAGGUCAUCUGACAGUAGGCCAGAUAAUCAAUCACAUGUCAGUGGAUGCUUUUCAAAUAAUGAUGGCAGCAUUUAUGGGAUACUAUGUCAUGGCAAUUCCAAUACAGAUUGUACUGGCAGUACUAUUACUCUACAUGCAAUUGGGGUAUAGUGCCUUGAUAGGGGUUUCUAUCGUCGUUGUGCUCAUCCCCCUUCAGUACUUCAUCUCAAAACAAUUUGCUUCUAUUCAAAGAAAAACAAUGGAAUAUACAGAUGAGAGAAUAAAGAAGUCGAAUGAAAUGCUGCAGAGCAUAAAGCUUUUGAAGCUUUACAGCUGGGAAGGCUUAUUUGUCAAGGCUAUUGAAGUGGCAAGGGAGAAAGAGCUGAAGUACAUGCUGAAAGGAGCUGUUUAUGUCAUUGCAACAUUGUUUCUUACCCAGGUGACUCCCAUUUUUGCAACAAUGGUGACUUUCAGUAUUUAUUCUAGCGUGAGUGGAACACCGCUGACUGCCAACAAGGCUUUUACAGCCUUGGCACUCUUUGAUAAAUUUAACGCUCCACUUUACUUGCUCCCAAUGACAGUAAAAAUAAUGGUGAAUGCAGUUGUGAGCACUUGUCGAUUGUCAUCUUUCUUUAACGCUGAGGAACUAAAACGAACAGCGUCUGUUGUUGGAUCCAAAGAAGGAGAAUACUGCUUGACUCAUCCUGACACCUCUGACCGGAAUGGAUAUAUGCCUGUUGAACUUGUACAGACUGAAGGAAAAGAUUUUCCCGAUCAUUCUAACAACUGCAAUGAUUCUCUAGACCACCCAGACAAACCCCAUCUGGACUCUUUAAUUACUGAUUGCAAUGGGGCAACAUCAGAUGAAAGCAAUGUAAAUGAUGUAGAACUCCUUCCCAGUUGCAGUAAUGGCAAUGUGCUGGAGAUCCACAAUGGGUGUUUUACUUGGGAUAGAAAUUCUGACAAAUCUGUACUUCAGGAUAUCUCAGUAAAAAUUUCCAGAAGCAAAGUUACCGUUAUAAUUGGCAAGGUUGGAAGUGGAAAAACAUCAUUAAUAUCUGCCAUAUUAGGAGAAAUGAAGACUGUCUCUGGCCAUGUGGUGUGGGCGUCAGCCAAUCAGCCCCUAGCAUAUUGUGCACAGGCAGCAUGGCUGAGGAAUGCCUCCUUGCAGGAUAAUAUUGUGUUUGAAGAAAGUUUUGAUGAAGAACGUUUUCAGACUGUGAUCGAAGCUUGUGCUCUUCAGCCAGAUAUUGAUAUUUUACCAGCUGGGCGACUCACAGAAAUUGGUGAAAAGGGUAUUAAUCUGAGCGGUGGCCAGAAACAGCGUGUUAGUCUUGCAAGGGCACUAUACUCAAGGUGCUCUGUUGUAAUUCUGGAUGAUCCUUUGUCAGCCCUAGAUGCACAGGUAGGAAGCCAUGUCUUCCACCAAGGGAUCAUGGGAAUAUUAAAGAGGGAACACAGAACAACCAUCUUUGUAACACACAAACUGGAAUAUGUUGAGCAAGCGGACUAUAUCAUUGUAAUGCAGGAUGGGAAGAUUGAAGUCCAGGGAUCCUAUGAUGACAUCUCUAAACAAAGUCCAGAUCUAGUAAAAGGCUGGAAAAGCCUAACAGCAAAAAGUGACCAUGAAGAAGAAAAGGAAAGUGAAGUUGAAGUGGGAGAUGAAGUUUCAAAAAUGGAGAAAAAACCUGUUGAUAAUUUGAGAGGGAAACUGAUUCAAGAAGAGGAAAGAGAAGAAGGAUCCAUACCCCCACAAAUCUAUUUGCGUUAUGCCCGCGCCAUUGGCAUUUUCUUUACAUCUUUUCUCAUUUUCGCUGUGAUAACAAAACAAAGCUUACUAGUGGCUGUUGAUUUCUGGCUAGCUGAAUGGUCAUCUGCAGGGAACCAUUCAGAGACAACAGAAACUCAGUAUGGAAAUAAUGUUGGAAGUGCCAUUUUGAAUCAUUUCCUUUAUGGAUAUAUUGGAUUGACUUGUAGUGGAAUCUUAUGUGCUUUGUUAAGUUCCCUCGCACAUGUUAUUUCAGGUAUCCGUGCUUCAAAAUAUCUGUUCACAAAAAUGCUGAAAAAUGUUACAACUCUUCCAUUAAGAUUCUUUGAAACCACACCUGUUGGAAGAAUUCUAAACAGGCUUUCAUCUGAUUUCAAAACCAUAGAUGAUCAAAUUCCGUCAAACCUGGAACGACUCAUGUGGCACAUUAUUAUGUGUUUAAGUGCCAUUGUGGUCAAUAGCAUUGUGGCUCCAUUUUUUCUCCUUCCAGUUAUUCCCUUAUUUGUUCUCUAUUAUUUUCUUCAAAUGUAUUUCAGAGCAUCUUCCAGGGAACUUCAGCGGUUGGACAGCAUUACUAAAUCACCUGUGUUCGCACAUUUUUCGGAGACCCUUGGAGGUCUGACAACUAUCAGGGCAUAUAGACAUGAAGACAAUUUUUUCCAACAAAUUCUUAACAAGAUUGACUAUAACACCAUUGCUUAUUUAUAUCUGAACACAGUGAACAGGUGGCUGGGAAUACGACUGGAUUUCAUUGGAACAAGUAUUGUCUUUGCUUCAGCACUCUGCUCAUUAUUGACAGCAACACUGGGCUACCUACAAGCUGGACUCGUAGGCCUUGCUAUUUUAUAUGCCUUAAAGAUGUCUACUUAUUUAAAUUGGUGUAUCCGGGAAUUUGCAGAUAUGGAAAUGCAGAUGAAUGCAGUUGAGCGGGUGAAUCAUUACACUAGCCUUCCCUCUGAGCAACAGCUGAAAGAAUCACACAUUGGCACAGGCUCAGAUCUUACUAACUGGCCACAAUCUGGAGCAAUAGAGUUUAAUGAGGUCAGUGUACGAUAUGAUGUGAAACUUGAUCCUGUCCUCCACAAAUUGACGCUAAAAAUAAACCCUGGAACCAAAGUCGGGAUAUGUGGACGAACAGGAAGUGGGAAGUCAAGCCUGGCAUUAGCCCUUCUGAGAAUUGUUGACAACUUUGAAGGCUGUAUAAAGGUUGAUGGAUUAGAUAUUUCUUCAGUCACAUUGGACCAUUUGAGGCAAUCAAUCUCAAUAAUUCCCCAGGAUCCAAUUCUCUUCAAUGGCACUAUCAGAUUUAAUCUGGAUCCAUACUCGGUUCACAGCGAUGAUGAAUUGUGGGAAGGUUUGGAAGUUGCACAGUUGAAACCUAUGGUCAGUGAGCUCCCAGAGGGAUUGAAUACCCUUAUGACAGAAGGGAGUGAAAACUUCAGCCUGGGCCAGAGACAACUUUUCUGCAUUGCAAGAGCCCUUAUCAAGAAAUCAAAAAUUACUGUUAUGGAUGAAGCUACAGCAUCUGUUGAUAUGGAAACUGAUGCAGCUUUGCAAACUGUUAUCCACAGUGCAUUCCUAAACAGCACAGUGCUUAUUAUUGCUCAUCGUAUACGUACUGUUAUGGAUUGCGAAAGAGUUCUAGUUAUGGAACAAGGAAGGAUUGUAGAAGAUGGGGACCCACAGACCCUGCAACAAAAUGAUGGUUUGUUUGCUAAGUUAGUGAAGGCAACCAGAUGCUGAACACACAUAUAAUAUGACUACUAAUAUAUUCAAUGUACUUUUUUUAAGUACUGUACAGUGGCAAGUAAAAGCAAGAGGGAUGUCUGGAAUAGAAAACUGUAUUAACUUUAAGGCACUUUAUUAUUCAUUGAUUCCAAAGUAAUGUUAGAUAAUUUAAAUUGUGCUGUUUUUUUGGAAAGUGUUACAUUAUGUAUCUGACUGUAUGAAAUAGUCCAUUAAUGGGAUUCUUGAUGUUUUUUAUUUAAAAGUAUUGUAAAUUAUCUUCAUUAAAAGACUGAAAUGUGUAUGGUUAUGGGACUGAAUUUAUUUGUUUUCAUGGCAUUUCCUAAAAUGAACAUUGUAAAAGUUAGUUGCCACCCACUGGUA